CUUCCACUCAACCAACCUCCCCGCAAAUGACCAUGGUAUCUCCUUCUUCCACCUGUUCAUCUACCAUUGUGCAUUCUUCACCUGUUUGAGCUCGACGCUCUUUUAUCGCUCUUUGCGACCCUACAUCGUCAACGUCAGACGUUCCGACAUCGUCGGUGAGGCAGCAAUACGGAGCUCAACAAGAGCUUCGUCCUGCUCGGCCUAGCACUCAACCGAUAUGCGACAAACGUCAUGGACCUUAUCGCUGGCGAGCGCACUCGCCCUCGCAUCGCCUUCUCAAGCCUAUAAGAGCUUCAGCAAUUACUCCCUUGCUGACACUCCCGAAUCGCUCUUCUCCAUCUACGGUGAUCGUCCGGACGGUUGCCCCCCGUGCUUCAACUGUAACCUCGAGGACUUUGCCUGCCAGCAGUUCGCCGACUGCAGCAAAGCCAAUGGAAAAUGCAUCUGUCCUCCUGGCUUUGGUGGAGAAGAUUGCUCGGAACCACUCUGCGGAGCUCUAUCAGACGGACGUGACCGUGCGCCAAGGGGUGGCGGUACCUGUGAAUGUAAAGAUGGCUGGACGGGCAUCAACUGCAACGUCUGCCAGACGAAUAAUGCCUGUAACGCUAUGAUGCCCGAAGGAGAGGGUGGUGUCUGCUACAAGGACGGGCAACUCGUCAAGGAAAACUUCCAAAUGUGCGAUAUCACGAACCGCAAGAUCCUCGACCAACUCAAGGAGAAGAAGCCUCAAGCAACGUUCUCGUGCAAUGCGAAGACAGAUGAAUGCAACUUCCAAUUUUGGGUUGAUCAAAAAGAGUCAUUUUACUGCGCCCUAGACACUUGCUCCUCCAGCUGGACUGCCCAGAGCGAUCGCAACAUAACCGAAUACAAAUGCCAGAACAUCGCAUGUAAAUGCGUGCCAGGGAGAAUGCUGUGCGGAGAGGAAGGCUCGAUCGAUAUCGGCGAUUUCCUAGAUCAAGAAAUUAAGGGUCCUGCCUCGUUCAGGUCCAUUGCAGCUGACAAUCGUAAAGAUAGUGGCAGCAUUUUCUCAGAGCCAGCCAUGAACGACUUGAUUUCCAGCGUUUUCGGAGACGAGAGUAUCUUCCUGAGCUGCGAUGCUGGUGAAUGUCUUUACGAGACCGAGGUUCCAGGCUACGAACGCCCUGUCAAGACCAUCAAUACUCCCCUCAUUGCCGCCGUCAUUGCUGGAUGCGCUCUUUUUGUUGUAGCUGUCAUCCUCGGAAUUUGGUAUCUUGCUCGCCGAGCGGAAAGAAAGCGAUGGGGAGCCAUCCACCUUUCUGAUGACGAGGAGGAUGAAAAUGCCAAGCUCCUGGCUGAUCACAAACCCGCUACCCUACAAUUCGAUAACGUCGCAUACCAUUUGAAUGGCAAGCAAAUCCUUUCAGGAAUCUCCGGUGCCGUUCAUCCUGGUGAACUAUUGGCAAUCAUGGGAGCGUCCGGCGCGGGAAAGACCACUUUCCUCGAUUUGUUGGCCAGGAAGAAUAAGAUUGGCAUGACAUCUGGCGACUUCUAUCUUAACGGAGAGAAGGUCCGCGACGAUGAAUUUCGAAGCGUUAUUGGCUUUGUCGACCAAGACGACACGAUGCUACCCACCCUUACCGUUCACGAAACCAUUCUUGAUUCCGCUCUGUUGCGUCUUCCAAAGGAGAUGAGCCGUGCUUCAAAGGAGCAGCGUGUAGAAGACGUUGAGAAACAACUUGGAAUCUAUCACAUUCGUCACCAGACUAUCGGAUCUGAAGAGAGUGGACGAGGCAUUUCGGGAGGAGAGAAACGCCGCGUGGGUAUCGCAUGCGAGCUUGUAACUUCCCCCAGCAUCCUUUUCCUCGAUGAACCAACCAGCGGCUUGGAUUCAUUUAAUGCUUUCAACGUUGUCGAAUGCCUUGUAAAUUUGGUCAAGAACUACAACAGGACGGUCAUUUUCACGAUCCAUCAGCCUCGCUCCAACAUUGUUGCACUAUUCGACCAACUCAUUCUCCUGGCCAAGGGACGAACUGUUUACUCCGGUCCAUUCGAGAGCUGCCAGCCAUACUUUGACAACAUUGGUUACCCUUGCCCCCCUGGAUUCAACAUCGCAGACUUCCUGGUUGAUCUCACCAUGCAUGCGAGCAGCGUACGCUCCCAGCCUAUUGAUGAGGAUAAUUCAAUCUUCAAUAGAGACGGAUUGCGAACAAGCGCAAGCAGUGCUAUUGCCGUCAAAUCCAUUCCUAGCAUUCGAAGCGACCGUGACACAAUUGGCAGCCCCAGCAACUCCAGCAUUAGACCCAAGGGCAAGCGGAGGACCUCAAUCAAGCAGCAGCAAGACCGCGAGCUCUUCACGCGGAAGAAGGGCGCUGCUUCUGCAGACGGUACGAUGAGCCCUAAAACAGAUGAUGAAGGUCCCUACGAUCGUCAAGAAAGCCGAACUGCUCAGUGGCUAAAACUUUCUCGUCAAACAGGUGCACCCCCUCCACAGGUCUUGGACGACCCCGAUGAACUCCCUCCUCCUGCGGAUGGCGGUACAGGUACCAACCUCGACACGCUCGUCUCUGCCUACGCUACAUCUGAUGUUGCUGGCGCGAUUCAUGAGGAUAUCGCCAGCGCAAUUGACCACGCAAACAAUGCUAAUGGGUCCUCUGGAGAUAGCCACCCCAAUGGGUUCAUUGCGGCCGGCAAGCUCAAGGGUUACAGAAAGGUUGGCCGGGUCGGUCAGUUCGUCAUUCUCUCGAAGCGCACCUGGCGAAACUUGUAUCGCAACCCGAUGCUCAUGCUUACUCAUUAUGCGAUCGCUAUUCUGCUCGCCGUCUUCCUUGGUUUCUUGUACUAUGGUCUUACGGAUGACAUCAAGGGUUUCCAGAAUCGUCUUGGACUCUUCCUGUUCGUUCUGGCACUAUUCGGUUUCAGCGCCUUGACAAUUCUCACCGUCUUCGCCCCAGAGCGUCUUCUCUUUACAAGAGAGCGAGCGAAGGGAUACUAUUCGCCAGUGUCAUACUUCGCAGCGAAGGUGAUUUUUGACAUUGUACCACUUCGCUUGAUCCCUCCCAUCAUUCUCGGCAUCAUUGUUUACCCAAUGACCGGACUCAUUCCUGCGUGGCCCCAGUUCUUGAAGUUCGUCCUCUUCCUGGUACUCUUCAACUUGGCGGCUGCUUCCAUCUUCUUGUUCAUCGGAAUUGUCUUCCGCAAUGGCGGUGUUGCUAACCUGGUCGGUCUACUGGUGAUGCUGUUCAGUCUGCUAUUCUCCGGCUUCUUCUUAAACAAGGAUAGCAUACCAACUGUGGCAAAGUGGCUCCAAUCGCUUUCCAUAUUCCACUAUGCCUUUGAAGGUCUCAUCGUCAACGAAGUCAAAUAUUUGAGUCUCAUCGAUCAUAAAUAUGGACUUGACAUUGAAGUACCUGGCUCGGCCAUUCUCAGCUCAUUCGGAUUCAACGUCCUUGCUCUAUGGAAAGAUUGCAUUGGUCUCGCCGUCUUUGGCGGAGUCUUUGUUGUGCUGGCAUACCUUGCUAUGCAUCUGCUCUUGGUCGAGAAGAGGUAAAGCAUGGUUGCCAAGGUGGGCUUCGAUCGCUUUGUAUGAACCCUUUUUUGUAUCGGACGUUCACGGUUGGACGUUUCGAACUGUUAUAUAGCGAUCUAGGCAUCUUCUCGAUUACAUAUUUCAGUGUGCUCACGUAUACCUGAUUCUAGAUGGUUGUUUCCUUUGGAUGUAUCAUAGGCGUAUAUUGUUCGCAUACAUGGGUGGGCGUUUCUCUCCAAUUAGAUAACCGCGAAUGGGAAUAACAAUUGUCGCGUCUUCGUGGGCUUAUGUGUUUCUGUGUGUAUCAAUUAACUUCUUGCUGCUAUCGCUC